ACAAGUACAUCCAGUGUCUUCUGACUGUUUGCUUCUGGAUGACGAAACAGAAAUUGCAUAAUCUUCCACAAAAUGAUAAUGGCGGAGGAAUAUUGAUGGUUUGUAGGGUUAUUUUUGCAGGUAUGUACAUUUGAGUUAUUUCCGUCCGGAUUUCCAUGAUUCAUUAGACAGAAAGUUAACCUUUGCUCCAUCAGGUGGAGACGCUGCCAUUGGCACAAGGAUUUGCUUUGUCUCUGUUGUCCGCAAUUAGAUUCUGAUAAGGGAGAUCACAGCUGAGCCGCCAGAACACACUUAACUUUUAAACCACAUUUAUUGCAGCCAUAAGAGCAUCUAAAGCUGUUGCAUUGAGGUCAGCAACACCGAAACAACCCUGUUGUGUUUUUAAAAAUAGAACAUGAUACCCCCCCCCCCCUUUCCCACCUGAUUCAUCACGUAUUGGAUGUUUCAGAUGAUGUGUGAAGACAGAGAUAAGAGACAUUCCUCCCCAGAUAACCUGCAAAGAUCAGUUCAUCAGUCGUCAUUUACAGGCAUCAGAUGAGUGUGAACAAAGGGAAAAAAAAUAGUAUUACUUCCUUUACUGCAGUACAUGAAAAUGCCAUAAACUGUAAAACUACAGGAAGGUUGAUUAAUUAUUUAUCUGUUUAUGUGUCCUGCAUCGUGUGGCACUUUACAAGACACUAAAGCAACAUCUAACAUCUCAGGAGAUUCAUUUAUAUAACACAAAUGUGAAGCUUAAUAUUACUGAAAAGAUAUUUUGCAGAAAUCUUGACCAGAUUAAUGACUAACUAGAUAUUAGAUAUAUUAGUAAAUUAGUAGCACUAUAAAUAAAACAAGUACUACAAUAUUUGCCAUGAAAAUUAAACAGAAAACGUCUGUCAGCAGAAAAAUUAUGUUCUUAUGCUAUUAAGUAGUGGACGUGGAAACUUUCCAUGGUGAUAAUAUGUGGUAAGGUUUAGGCACAAACACCACUUGGUUAUGGUUAGGAAAGAUCAUGUUUUGGCUUAAAAUACCCAGGUUAAGUGGCACAAUGCCUGCUGGAAAGUAGCAAUGUCUUGGUAAAAAAUCCAUCACUUUUCAUACUAUCCUGGCAGGAAAUGCAGAGAUGUCUCAGUAAAAAACAACCACUUUAUCUUGCUACAAAACACCACAUGUGGUGCCAAAAAGGCCACUGGAAAGACAGAAUUGACUCGCUAAAUCACAUCUGGUUUUGUUGUUUGUCGGUUUUGAAGAAAAGGUGACAUGUCACCCGCCAUCCUCUUGACCUCCUGGUGACAAAGAAUAUGUCUAAAUAAUGAAAAUGUAAUGUUGCAGAAGCAUAGCCUACAACAUUUUCUUCUGGCGACGGGGCUGCAGCGGGACAGGGCAGCUUAGUUUUAUUCAGAAUGGGCUUCAGAUGGAUGAAGAUAUGAGCCAAGAAUGCAGAUAUGAGAUUUAAACCUGGUGUCAGAUUAAGAGGAGAUGUUAUAUUGUAGUAUUUCCUUCAUAAAACCUAAAGCAGAUACCAAAAGAACAAUGCACCUGUAUUCCCAGAGUAUACAAGGUGCCAGAGGUGCCAGAGGAGAAGGAGGUCAAGCCUGCAGCGUGGAGAGCCUUUGAAACAGUGAAGGCUGUUGUUUGUCUGACAUAUUUUAGAGCAGAAGGUGAUAACCUCAGAGGUGACUGAUAAUGAUCAGGUCAAUCAGGUAUGACACAAAUGUGACGUAUUCAAGAUAAAGCACCUGUUUCCCAGUGGUCCAAUAAUCCAGGAAAAAGCAGACAGCUUCAAAGUUUAGUUUUACAGAGUAUAAAGGGUUUGAUAUCAUUGUCAAAAUGCCUUUUUCAUAAAGCACUUCACUUGAUUGGAGACACGCUAAUAGCUAGCAGCCUGUUGGAAAUUUGUUUUAAUCUCCUGGAGAUUGUUUUCAAUUCACUUUUGCAAACUUAUAAUGAAUUCAUUUUUGUCUUUGAUUAGCGCUUUUAAAAUUGUCCUUACCCUACAUGCCUAGAGACCAUCUUGCAUCUUGAUAUGGGUGUUGCUGUGAUCUUGGGAUCACCCCAGGAUGCGUCCAAGAUGCAGCAGUCCGUGAACUAAACAAAUUUGGGCCAGGGGCAUAAGUGGGGUGGGGACGAAAUACCACACACACACACACACACACACACACACCAGCUGUCUCUACGUUUUCAUGGCACAUAAUGACACAGGCACCCAUUAAACCACUCAAGAUAUCACCACAGAAUGUGUCAAGAUUGUAAAUAACAUUAUUCGACUGAUUAUAUGCAAAAAUAACUCAAUUUUGUGCCUUUUUCAUUGAACAUCUAUGUAUGCCUGUAAAUCACUGAAAAUAUUGAUAAUCCAUUAUAAAAUAUUGAUCAUUUGAUAUGUGCUUUUACAUUUUUAAGGGGCCCACAGACACUUAAAGCCCCAUAGAGUCAUAUUAUAAAAUCAUCCAGCUGUCAAAACAAAGACACGCCGUCCCUGGAACACGCAGAAAACACAGUCUUUGUUCUGUAUCUACGACUAAGGGACUUUCAGGGUAAACCAUGUCUCUGUUAUUCAGUUUACUCUUUUGUCCAGCAGCCACAGGCCCAUUGUAAUGCAAAGUAGCAUGACCUGGUAUAACAACAAAUAGAAGCUGGAGAUAGCAGGUAAACAGACAGUAUGAGUAAUUGCAUUUGUGUUCUGACUGUUUGCACAAGAUCACUGAAGGAUGCACUGAACGCUCACUGUAAUUAAUCACGAGAUGGUAUUUUCUUACAGACCAUUGUGGGUCGCUCAUAUUGUCUUGUUGUGUUGGGAGUACGUGGGUAAACGUCACAGACAGGCCUAUUUAAGUGUCAUGCGAGGCGGAACGUAAAGGGAUGACACACAGCUGUCAGUCAAUGAGUCGUUUGUGAAUUAAAUUGUUAGACAUGGUGAGAUUUUCUACCCACAGCCUGUGGAAGGCAGUCCUCUUCCUGGGUUUACUAAUUGUAGGAUGCCCACAUGCUGAAUCCACAUGCAAAUCACGCAGAUGUCUGGCUGAAAUUUUGGCCAACAAAAAGUUUGUAUCUCAGCCUCAGUAUGAAAACUGCAGCCAAAUGAUUAUGGUGCCAUUUAUUGAGUACCAGACUCUGUCAGUUGACACUAAGAAUCUCCGCCUAAAUAGUCGUCUGCAAGCCUCACUUAAAUGGGAAGAUCCUGAGUUGGCAUGGGACACAUCAGUUUACCCAUAUGAUCAAGUGGUCCUGCCCGUAAGCAAAGUCUGGACCCCAGAGCUCCGUGUAACAAAUGGAAUAACAACAACUAUGAGGCACAGCUCGCAUGAUCUGCUGGUGAUCAGUAAUGGCACAGUGAAGCACAGUGUGAUCAUCACUGCCGAGGUGAACUGCGAGGUCAAUCUUUUUAACUAUCCCUUCGCUUGGGACGCAUGCCCUGUUGCUAUCCAGACUUGGUCAGAUGAUGGAUGUGGUACACUUUUGGAAUUUGAACAGUUGAAAAUGGUCGAUGGGACCCAUGGAGAUUGGCAGACUGACAAUGCGUUCCUUGCCAGACAGACCGAUGAACGCAAUUACAUCCUGGUGCAAUUAAGCAUCAAAUACACCAACCCCUUCAUAACAUUAAUGCUGCCCAGUAUUCUGAUCGUCCUGGCUGAUGUGGUCAGCUUCGCCCUGCCGCUUGGAGGCGGAGAACGCAACUCUUUCAAGGUCACUCUUGUGCUCAGCUUCACCAUGUUCCUCAUCAUCCUCAACGAUCAGCUCCCGGGAGACAGCGCCUGCAGCCCCGUCAUCCGAACUCACUUCUGCAUUUGUCUGGUCCUCUUGGUGGUGAGCAUGCUGGCGUCCAUGGUGAUGACACGAUUGGCCAAAGAUGGCAGCCUCAUUCUCUGCUGCUGCUCCCCAGUCCAGAGAAAAAAGAAAGAUGAUGAAGAAGACAAAGCUGACAUCAGUGUGGUUCAGGUGGAUGGCACAGUGGAGAACACGCGAAUGCUCCGAAAAGUGCUGAACUUCCUGGAGAAUCUUGACGCACAGACACUGGAAAGUGAGAGACAUCAAAUGUUUGCCAACAAACUGGAUAAGGCAUUUUUCUGGCUCUAUUUCAUUUUGGCUAUCCUCUACUUUUCUGCUAUGACGUAUGUGAUGGUAAAUUAUAAAUGCACAGUUAACCAUUUUGAUUUCUGGUACUAAUGAAAUGCAUGUCGUUACUGUAAUGACAGAGUGAGCUGAAACAAAUACGAUCUUACAAAUACUAAUUCAACAUACAGAUUCAAAGACUGGUGCAGAUCACAGCAUACGUUUAUCACAUUCUCUGUAUCUCAAACACCGUAGUGCUGAUUUGUAUUUGUAGUUCAUCUCUUGUGUCUGAUAAAGAUGUGUGUGUCAGCAUAUUUGUGGGAAUUUACCAAUUAAGAGAAUUUCAGCCUUUUGAUGUCAUUUUAAUCACAUAAAGUAUGUAAGUAUAUGGAAUAGUUAUUUAAAACUGGGGCAUCUGCACAAAGGACAAAACCAUGUUCCUCCAGCUCCAUGUCUUUGUUUUUUUUUUUUUACGAUGACCCAUCUCACUUGGUUAAACACCUGUGCACAGUGUAACACAAGUACACUUUUGUAUAAUGGAGUCCAUAUGCAGUUGCAGACUUGCAGCCAUUUGUUUCUCUGUGUAAACCUGUUCAGUCUCUGCAACCACUGAGUUCUAGCCAGUGGUUUUGUGUCCUUUCAUUUCACAGUUCUAAUUUUCUUUGCAAUCAGUAAAAGUAUCCACAAUAUAUACCUCUGGUCUGUGCCAUAUGUGUCUUAUUGAUAGAUCCUUGCAAAACUAAAAAUGGAUGUGAGGGCAUCCACUUCUAUAGUGUGUUAAUUUCAUUUUUAACAUUUUCUCUGAACCCUUGAAUUACUGGACA